AUGAGUUAUCCAGCUGGAGAUCCACAAUCUGCCCAAGAUGAUGGAGACCGUGAGGGUGAGUUGCUCUGCUUGAAGAUUAAAACACAGUUGGAGGAUUUGUUCUCCGACAGCCACCUGGCAAAGAACUGCUUCCUGCUGAAACAUGUGCAGAAGAACAAGCAGGGCUACGUCAGUCUCAAGCUCCUCACUUGUUUGAAACAGAUAAAGGUCUUGACCACAAACUGGUGCACGACUCUAGCAGCAGCAGAGAACUCAGACGUCCUGGAGGUGAAUGCCAAAUGCACCAAAGUGAGGCGGAGAGAGCCGCUUCCCAAAUGGCUGCUGUGUUCCCCCACCACCAAGCUCCUCCUCGCCUGGAACAUUUCUGUGGAGGAAACCGCAGGAGGCCCGGAGCACCUUUCACUCUCUGAGGGGAUCCUCCAGAAGUUCAGCGCUCACGGCAGCAUCGCCUCAGUCUGGAUCCUGCAUCCUGGCGAAGAGCUUCCCAAGGAGCUGCAGUGCUACGCCAAGCGUCACAAAAAGCUUGGCCGGCUUCUGUGCGCAGUGGUGAAGUUUGACCAUUUGGAGGCAGUUCGUGAGGCCUACAUUGCCCUGAAAGCAGAGGAGCAGAAGUCUAAUGGUGAGGGAAUGCAUGUGGAACCUUUGGGCUUCCAGUCAGUGCACCCCAUCGCCAAGAAGGAACCAACAGAGGAAAACAAGCAGGACCCUCCUGAAAGAUCCCAGGAAAAUCCACAUGAAACCUCAGGGGAUUCAGCCCAGGCGGAACCCUCUUCACCGGUUAAAGUUUCUGACGAGACUCCAGACCCACCUCAUCCCGGAGAGUCCUCGGAAAACCCCAACCAAAGAACCUCUGAGCAGAUCAUCGCCAGCUGUUCCAGCCACUUCCUCUCUGGUUUGAAUCAGAGGUACAUUAGGAUGAGCAGGUGCUCUGGAAACUGUGAUAAAGGUAAUUUUCAGAGCCCCUGGGUGCUCAGGCGCAAAUUAGCAGCCAGCGCAUUAAACCCCAAGGUGGCAGGGCACCUGAACGCUCUCCGCUGGGUGCAAAGAGUGCUGCGUCAGCCCUUCGGCCCUGACGGCACCAAGGGCUUUCACAGCAGAGGGAGGCCGCUGCAGGGAUCAACUCUCCCUUGCGUGGAGUAA